GGCUCGCGAUCGUCGUAUGUUUCGAACGUUCGGAAAUCGAAUUUCGAAGACAUUACUCGGUCUUCUCCGGCUGUGAUCGUCAUAUGUUUUAGACCGUUUUUAAUUUGAAUUUCGAAGACGCUUGACCGUUCUGUAGAGUUGUAAAAUAGUUGAAUUCGGUGUGGUUGUAAGAAUGAAGAUGUAUUGGGGAUUGUUGGUGGUAGCUCUGUGUGGUGGUGCGGCGGCUCAUACGAUGCACUUGGGGAAAUGUCCCGUCGUCGAGCCUAUGCCAGGAUUUGAAAUGAACAAGCUCCUCGGCGUAUGGUACGUCAUUCAGAAGACCUCGACCGGCUCCAGCUGCAUCACGUACAACUUCACCAGGACCUCGGAGCCCGGCACUUACGAGAUCGAGCAGGUCUCGCAGCAUCUCGUGCUGGGGCUGACGCCGUUGAAACACGACUACAGAUACACUGGCGUGCUCACCGUGCCCGACCCUGCGGUGCCAGCGCGGAUGAAAGUGCGCUUCCCCCUCAGCGUGGCCGGGUCCGCGAGCUACGUGGUCCUCGCAACGGAUUACGAUACGUACGCCGCCAUAUUCACAUGCCAGAGCAUACUGUUCGGCCACCGACGGUCAGCCACCAUCCUCUCGCGCACCAAGGAGCUGGACAGAAUCUACGUUGAUAAGUUGCGCACCAAACUGUCCUCUUUCAACGUGAGCCCGUACGACCUGUCCAUCAUCUCGCAGUCCAACUGUCCGAAGCACGUCAACGGGACGACGGAAGGCGUCAACAUCAACAUCGAACCUGACACGUUCUCGUCACAUAACAUCGGAGAAGCUGUGCGGAAGACUGGUGGCGUCAUAGCCGACGGCGUGGAAUACGUAGUGGAAGCCGGCAAGAAGGUAUACCACAAAGUGGCGAGCAGCAAGGAGGAUUUGACCGAGCCGCCCGCCGGCGGCGCGAGGAAUUACGACGCCGACGCCGAGUGGAUGCCUUGAAGGCACACUUAAACUAAUGUAUAGACAGAAACUAAAAAAAUGACGUUCUAAAAUUGGAAGGGCAUUCUAGAAAAGUGUCGGGUACAGUCAGCAGCAGAAGUUGAUAAGCGGGCGAGGCGUUCAAAAUGAUCUUGCCGCGACCACGGAAUAACUAAUAGUACCGCGACUCUAGCGAGCGAGCGUGUCAAGGUAAUUUUGAACAGGCGAGCCUGCUUAGCAACUUUUGCUGCUGACUGUACCUACCUAUUUUUACGUAUUGGUACCAACGUGACGUUUUUUUAAAGCUUCUGAUAUGUCUACUCACCCGUUAAGAAAACCGAGUAGGUGUCAUACAUCUAGUUUUAACUAAAUACAGUAAAUACUCAAUAUUUUAAUUUUUAAGCCAUUCAGAUGUGCCUCAUAGUUACAUUGUACCUAUAUUUGAACGAACAUAAUAAGGUGAAUGUGGGGCAGACUGGUUUUUGUAGACGGUCUUGUCCACAUUGGCCUUACGGUUGUUUACCUUACGGUACUGAGACCAAAGAACCACGUGGAAAAUAAGCAGUAUCAAGAAUAUCACAGAAGACAUAUUUAACUACUUAGUGACAUUAUUUUUAUACUAUUUUUUUGUGAAGAAUAAAGAGUGAAAACUAAA